AUGUUUGGCGGAAGGAAAAGAGCCGAGGGACACGCGCGCCGAAAGACCAUAUCCGGGGAUGUGGAACAACGCGACAAUGAAGGAAUGGAAUGGUUCGAUAUCGAUUUACUAAAGGACGAUGUGGAUUUGGGUGAGAAGGACGAGAAGCAAUCCCGCUUCUUCGACAUUGACGGUGAAAUUGGCGAUGGACUCAAGAUGAUUCUCAAGAGACUAAGGGCAGGCUGGGAUGGUGUGUCCUGA